AUGAUAAGAUUAACUAGAAGUAAUUCUACGAAGGUAUAUCUUCGUACAAUAUCAACUACUUCAAUUAAAAGCUAUGCUCAAAAAAUAGGUAGUCCUCCUUCAGCACCAAUUGUUAAAUCAUCAUCUUCACCACCGCAACAACCAAUUGUUCCUGAUAAAGCUAUAGUUGAUUCAAUUAAGAAUGAUCAAGGUUCAACUAAAAGUGUACCUCCACCAAAGAAGAAGAGAUUCUCAUUAUUUGGUUUCCUUUUUAAAACUACUUUAUUUACUGCUAUUUUAUACGGUUCAACUUUAUACAUUGCAACUAAAAAUGAUAAAGUAAUGGAUUUUGUUGUUGAUAAAGAUUUACCAUAUCAUGAAGAAUUAAUAGAUUUGAUUGAAACUGGUUCAAUUGAUGAUUUAACAGACAUAAUUGAUUCUAUCAGAUAUAAAUUUAUGGAUGUUAAAUUACCUUCAAAAGAAGAUAUUGAAAAAAUUACUAAAAAUUUAGAACAUAAAGGUGAAGAUUUAUAUAAAGAAACUACAAAGAAAUUAAAAUCAAUUAAACAUAAACAAGGUACUGAUUUAACUCCAAGUGAACAAUUACAAAGACCCGUUGGUGUUGAAAGUAUUAAAAGAGAAGUUACUCAUUUACCUUUAAUUGAAUUAAAUUCAACAUUAUCUAAAUCUGUUGAUGAUUCAGUUAAAUCUACAAUUGCUUCAUUUAAUCAAUUUAUUCAAUCAAUUGAUGCAAAUACAUUAGUGGACUCAAAUAAAGAUUUAAUUUCUUUAAUUAAUUUAAAUAUCAAUAAAUUAGCUACAAAAUUAAAUUCAUUAAGUAAAAAUUUUGAUGAUGAAUUACAAUCUAAAUUAAAAGUUUCUCAAACUGAAUUAUUUUCAUCAUUUACUAAAAAAGAAUUAGAAUUAACUGAAAAUUUACUACAUCAAUUUAAUUCUGAAAAACAACAAUUGGAAACAAAAUUAAAUAAAAGAUUAAAUCAAGAAAUUAAAGCUGCAAAAGAUGCUAUAUCUCAAGCUGCAACAAAUGCAGUUUCAAUGGUUAGAAUUGAACAAACUAAAAAUUUUGAAAAAUUAAUUAAUGAAAAAAUUAACCAAGAAAGAAAUGGUAGAUUAGCAAAUAUUGAUAAAUUAAAUGAAAAAAUCUUGGAGUUGGAAAAAUUUGUUGAAUCAUUUCAAUCUCAAAUUAUAUCAAAUCAUAAUAAAUCAACAAUUCAACAAUCAAUUUCAAAUUUAAAAAAUUCAUUAUUGAAUCCUAAUUUAAAUGAUAAACCAAAAUUAUUAAAACCAUAUUUAGAAGAUUUGGAAAAACUUUCUGGUAAUGAUGAAAUUUUAAAAUUGGCAGUACAAGAUUUGAAAGUUUUAGUAGUUAAUGAAUCAACUCAUUCAAUAUUAACAAAUUCUCAAUUAUUGUCUAGAUGGGAACAAUUAAUUCCUGAAUUAAGAUCUGCUUCUUUAUUACCUCCAAAUGCUGGUUUAUUAGGUCAUUUAUCUUCAUUUUUAUUUUCAAAAUUAUUAUUACCAGUUAAAGGAAUAAAAGAAAAUGGUAAAGAUAUUGAAAGUGUUAUUGGAAGAGUUGAAUCAUAUUUAUCAAGAGGUGAAUUAGAUUUAGCUGUUGAAGAAGUUACAAAUUUAAAAGGUUGGUGUAGAAAGUUAGCAAAUGAUUGGAUAAUUGAAAGUAGAAAAAGAUUAGAAAUUGAAUUCUUGUUGAAUAUAAUUGAAACUGAAUCAAAAUUGAUUUAG